CACGGGCGCGCGCGCACACCAUUGUGUGGCUGGACUUGGCCGCCGCUCCUGUGAAAGGCGUGUGUUUGGGCUCUUGACGUCCCCGCACCCAGACCGCGGCUUCUGCCUUACGGUCCACCUUCCGACAGCCAGCCCUCGGGCCCCUCGCCCGCCACGGACAUGCCGCGCGUCUACAUAGGACGCCUUAGCUACCACGUCAGGGAGAAGGACAUUCAGCGAUUUUUCAGUGGCUAUGGCCGCCUCCUCGAAAUAGAUCUUAAAAAUGGGUACGGCUUCGUGGAGUUCGAGGACUCCCGCGACGCCGACGACGCCGUUUACGAGCUGAACGGCAAGGAUCUCUGUGGCGAGCGUGUCAUCGUGGAACACGCGCGGGGACCGCGCCGCGAUCGCGACGGCUACAGCUACGGAAGCCGCAGUGGUGGAGGUGGAUACAGCAGUCGGAGAACUUCUGGCAGAGACAAAUAUGGACCACCUGUUCGUACAGAAUUCAGGCUUAUUGUAGAAAAUCUUUCUAGUCGCUGCAGCUGGCAAGAUUUAAAGGAUUUCAUGAGACAAGCAGGCGAAGUAACCUAUGCGGAUGCUCACAAAGAACGCACAAACGAAGGAGUAAUCGAGUUUCGCUCCUACUCUGACAUGAAGCGUGCUUUGGAUAAACUAGAUGGUACAGAAAUAAAUGGCAGAAAUAUUAGGCUCAUUGAAGAUAAAGCACGAUCAAGCCAUAGGCGGUCUUACUCUGGAAGCAGGUCAAGGUCACGGUCCAGAAGGAGGUCACGAAGUAGGAGUCGCAGGAGCAGCCGCAGUAGAUCGCGAAGUAUCUCAAAAAGUCGCUCCCGAUCCAGAUCUCGGAGCAAAGGUCGAUCACGUUCUCGGUCAAAAGGCAGAAAAUCUAGAUCAAAGAGCAAAUCGAAGCCCAAGUCUGAUCGAGGCUCCCGUUCACGCUCUCGAAGCAGAUCUAAGGAUGAGUAUGAGAAAUCUCAAAGCAGGUCUCGUUCUCGAUCUCGUUCCCCCAAAGAAAAUGGAAAAGGUGAUAUAAAAUCAAAGUCUAGAUCAAGGAGCAAGUCUCAUUCCAAUUCUCCCCUACCUGCUCCACCCUCAAAGGCUCAUUCUGUGUCCCCUCCACCAAAAAGAGCUUCAAGAUCCCGUUCUAGAUCCCACUCAAAGUCAAGGUCACGGUCCAGAUCGAGUUCCAGAGAUUAAUCCAGAACUCUAUGUUCUUUGCACACUAUUAUGGAACACUUUCCUACUUGCUUAGGCAGUUACUCUUCCAUGUUUGUACUUGGCCUCUCCUGCAAGAGGAAUCCCCUGAAAACAAGGGCACACAGAAAUUUGUGGCCAAAUUUGAUGAAAAAGUUGGGGUUCUAAAGAAAUGGUGGCAUGAAGACCUCCCUUCUUUGUAGAAUUAAGAUAACUUUGAUUUUAUAGCUUUUGAGCUAAAAUAACUUUUGUAAAGAUUAAGCUCAUUUAGAUUUUUUUUUUUAAGUAUUUCAGCAGGAUCUGCUGCAGGGGUUUUGUUUUUAUUUGUUUGCUUUUAAAUUUAAACAAUUUCCAGCUUUGGAUACUUAUUAAAGCUUUAGAGGGAGAACCCAUUUUUCAAUUAUGUUGGCUUUUUAUAAAGCCUAAGUUAUGUAAGAUUUCAAUAAAAGUUUGUUACCAAGAUGAUUGCCUUAUUGAAUAGGUCACUAUUAAUUCCUUUAAAUAUUGAUACCUGCUGUUUAUGGAAACAAUGUAAAUUCUCCUUAAGUGUAAAACAAGGAAAGCCUCAAACCAGCAAUAAAUUAUUCAAUUUGGAUAAAAUUAUUUUGUUGUUAAUCAGAUUUGCCAAAGUCAUUGUAUCUGCCCAUUUAACAAGUUAAGUUAAAAAUAAAAUAUUUUGUAGCCAAUCUGUUAUACAAUUUUGCCUAAAUUAAUGGAUUUUAAAUAAUGAAACCUUAUUUUCUUUUGAUACUUUUUAAUGUGAAUGUUUAUAAGAAAAGAGUCCUUUUUUUUAACAAUAUGAAUUGCAGAAUUUCAGAGAAGAAACUGGUGCCUAUAGUUAAAGUUGUUUGCCGAUUUGAAAGAACAGAGGUUAGUGACUUUAAGAGGCAAGCAUCAGCUGCUUUUCGGAAUUUGGUGUUUAAAGAUAGGUCAGUUUAGAGACUUGGCUUUGACCAAAGUUCUCUUGUUUUUAGGGAAAGAACAAAAGCUUGUAGAAGGAGAAGGUGGGGAAUAUUACAAGGUGGAGUUUGAUUCUCUAAAAGUAUGCAACAUCCUUAUGUUGUAUCACAUGGUGUAAUAGACAGGUUUGUCCCUAUGUUAGCUGGCCUGUAGUGGAUAUAGGUAAAUAACCUGCACUCGUAAAAAUUUUCUGACAAUUGCAAAGACCAGCAAAAGACUAAAAGCCUAGUUUUAUUCCAUACCUGUGGACCUCCAUCAUGAGAUAGCUAAACCGCUAUAGCAUUGGUCCACUUGAGAACAGUUGGCUGAUAAAAUGUUUAGUUCCUUGCUAAUUUGUGAGUUGAAUCCGACAGUCUCUGCAACAUGCCACGUGUUGAUCCAUGACUAGGUGGUGUAUUAAGGUGAUAGAGAGCAAAAGAGAAGUGAGCAACAUCGCGAUCCCCCUUUUAUGUGACUGUUUAUUGAUCCACCAUAGUGCCUUUAUGGCAAGUUUUAAGUCCUACCUGCUCCUGUGUUACCAUCUUUCAUUUUUGGUAUCUUUCUCCCACUUUGUUAAUCUAUUUUUUGCUUUAUUUCAAUAAAAUGCUUCUGAGGGAAAGGUUUGUUUUGAAUUUAUUGUGUAUUCCACUUAGUGCCAGAUUCUUGGCAAGUGGUGUUAUGAAUUGGAGUUGCUAUUCCUAACUUGAAUAUGAGAAAAAUGCUCUCGUUUUCAGUUCCUCAGAAAUAAUGAGUUUGGGAUAAGAUCGUCAUUGACUCUUUUCCAUGCUUCAAUGUUAUCCACAAAACGGCAGG